AUGGAUAAGUCAGCCAUGACUCCUAGAGUUGUACUUCCGGUGCACCAUGAUAACGGUGUCGUCACUGGAUACUCAGCACUUACGUCAAUGCGGAAAAGGAAUCGUGUAUUGCGAUGUUGCAUUGCACAUUUAGAUCAACGGAAACCAGCAGAUGACAAGUUAUUAUCAGAUCUGUUUGCUGAAAACAGAUACAACAAACUGGCGCGACCUGCAAUCAACUAUAACAGUACUGUGAACUUCGCACUGGGUUUACAUAUGACCCAGGUCAUGAAUAUGGACGAGAAAAAUCAGAUCAUGAAAACCAGAGUUCGUCUUGAACAGUUAUGGGACGAUUAUCGAUUAGCCUGGAAUCCCAAAGAUUAUGGAGGUAUUCGAGAACUUGUAUUACCACUUGACAAAAUAUGGUACCCAAAGUUAUCGCUUAUAAACAGUGCGGACGGCGAGUACGAACUGAAAGGUGAGCAGAAUGUAUUAGUAAUCUCCAGCGGGAUGGUGUUUUGGAACGCGCCAUGUGUGUUAACGACGUCGUGUCGUAUCAAUGUCCGUUACUUUCCAUUCGAUGAACAGAAGUGCUUAAUCGCCUUCACCAUACGAGACUACGAGGCGAGGAGGGUUUUCCUGUCCCGAAUGUAUACCAUUGUCAAGAAAACGGAGAAUUCGUGGGAAGACUACUGGCAAGACGGCGAAUGGGAUCUGAUCGCCAGUCCUGUCGAGGAAUUCACCGAGCAGGCAGUUGAUACAUUUUACGUAUAUUUAUUCCACACGUUAAUUUUACGCCGGAAACCACUUUUCUAUAUUAUUAACCUAAUCGCUCCCAGUGUGUUAUUGUCUGGUUUAACCAUACUCACAUUCGCGUUGCCCCCGGACAGUGGUGAGAAAGUCACACUCUCUAUAUCGAUUUUCCUCGCUAUGAUGAUCUUUAAACUCAUGGUUGCCGAAAUCGUCCCUCCCACGUCAGCCAAUGUCGCUCUGAUCGACCAAUACCUGUUGUUUAACGCUACGAUGGUUGUCAUGGGAACAGGUUUCACAGUUCUGGUCUUGAGUAUCCACCAUCGUCUGUCCGUGACGCACGAUAUGCCCUUGUGGGUCCGCAGCAUCUUCAUCGAGUUCCUUCCUCGUUUCAUCUGCAUCAACAAACCACGUCACAAAGGUUUCAAAAGACGAUCAUCGGCUCAGUCAUCUUUUUCAAAACUGUUCUCGCGAGCGCGGAGAACUGCGAUGAAAGAAAAGUAUCCGAACGAGGUUGGAGGAGGGGGCAAUCACAGCCCGAAUCACAUUGCGUCGUUGAGGAAGGAAAUGACGAACAUGGCGGAAAGUACGAAGUUCAUCUCAGAGCAUCUUAAAAAAGAAGAUGCAGAUAAUAAGCUUACCGAUGAGUGGCGUUAUGUGGCAGUGGUGCUGGACCGUAUGUUGCUAUGGUUAUACGUUAUCAUUUAUACUUUUGCUACGUGUGCAAUUAUUUUGAACGCUCCGUUGGCAAGGGGAUCAACGUCAAGUACAAUAUAUACCCAUGAAAACGACGCAGAUACGACGCCUUACGGAGAUUAUCCUACUAGUUAUACUUGA